AUGAAGUUCACCACUGCCAUCGUCUCUGCCGUCUUGGCCUUUACCUCCUUCACCGAAGCUGCUCCUCGCAACUCUCGACGAGCAGAAUAUCAGGCUCCUAGUCUGACUGCUCAGCUCCGACUUGCUGAUACUGCCGCUGACCGCUUCGCUCUUCUUCCCAACAAUGAUGACUUCGUCUUUGACUUCAACAAGAAGCAAGAGGGCGCUGGAAAGGGUGGUAUGCUCAUUGCUGCCAACCGCAAGACCUUUCCCGCUCUCGUUGGUACUGGUUCUGGCAUGGCCUUUGGCACAGUCGAUCCCUGUGGCAUGAACACUCUGCACGUUCAUCCCCGCUCAGCUGAGCUCCAAAUCGUCACCUCAGGCCGUCUCAUCACUGAGAUGGUCCCCGAGAACGGCGUCUUAGACAAGGAUGGCAAGCGCCGUGUCAUCCGCACUGAGCUUACAGCCAACAUGAUGACUCCCUUCUACCAGGGCUCCGUGCACACUCAGUAUAACCCCGAGUGCAAGCCUGCCACUUUCAUUGCCACCUUUGCCUCUGAGGAUUUCGGCACUGGUCAGGUUGCCGACGAGACCUUUGCCCUCAGCGACGAUGUUAUUGCUGCUACAUUCGGCCAGAGCAUUGCUGGUGAGGAUAUCGACAAGGUCCGCGCUGCUAUCCCUAAGAGCAUCGCACUCGGCGUUGAGAAGUGCCUCCUCGACUGUGGCCUCAACAAGCGUUCUAUCUAA